AUGCCCUCUCCCGUUUACUGGAGCUCGUUUGCACUGGCUCUUGCCUCGCUUUCUUCCGCGCAGAUAUCUUAUCCCACAGUAAACGGAUCAAAUGUCUCGUGGCUUGGAGUGCGUAAUGCUACUGCCGAGUAUAAAUACGACUAUUUCUAUGGAGUUCCAUUUGGCCAAGCACCAGUUGGCCCCUUGCGCUUCAAGCCUCCCGUAGAAUGGGCUCCAACCAGCUCUGGUACAGUGGUGAAUGCGACGGUUCCCGGAGCAUCAUGCGAGCAAGGAAAUGAAGGAGACGAGGUGGCGAACGUCUCAGAAGAUUGCCUUAAUUUGAAUAUCUGGAGGCCUUCAAAUAUUUCUGGGAAGAUACCAGUUAUGGUCUGGAUCUAUGGCGGAGGGUUCUACUUUGGCUCUACCAUAUACUACCUCGGAGAUAACCUCGUACAGACCUCUGUGGAAUUGAACAAACCGGUGAUAUAUGUUUCUAUCAACUAUCGCACUGGUAUCUAUGGAUUCCCUCCUGGGACAGAAGCGGCAGCUGCUGGGGCUUUAAACAUCGGUCUUAAGGAUCAGAGACUCGCCCUGGAAUGGAUCCAGAAGAACAUCGGAUAUUUUGGUGGCGACCCUUCUAAGGUUACACUGUUCGGAAACUCGGCUGGAGCAGUCAGCACAUCUUACCAAGCAUUAUACAAAAAAGGUGAUAUCGGAGGCGUUUUCCGGUCUAUGAUCCUGGAGUCCGGCUCUCCAUCGACCAUUAAUGUCCAAUCACCAAACAAUCCCGUGCUCGAGUCCGUGUUCACGUUCGUGGUGAACGCUACCGGUUGCAAUGACUCAUCCGACAAAUUCGAGUGUGUGAGAAACGCUCCGGCUGACGUCCUACGCCAAGCAAACAAGGAUGCGAUCGCAGCGCCUUUGGAGUUGAGGGGUGUUGACCAGGGGCCGGUUGCAAUUGGCCCAGUUGUGGCACCUGACGAUGAUUUCUUGCCGAAACGCCCCUCCGAGAUCAUCCAUGCUGGAGAAUUCGCAAAAGUUCCGUUUAUCAAUGGUGCGCAAUUGGAUGAAGGUACCAUUUUUGUGAAUGGAGAGUAUCCUGAAACCGAAGAAGAUGUGAUAAACUGGCUUAUUUCACAAAUUCCUGGACUUUACUGGGGAAUCUCCAAUCGAACGGCUGUCGAGGAGCUCCUUCAGUAUUACCCUGCGGACCCAGCCGCCGGUUCCCCUUACAACACCGGAAACGAAACCUUUGGUCAAGCCGCCCAGUACAAGCGUCUGACCAGUAUCGUUGGAGAUCUCCUUUUCCAGGCUAGUCGUCGAGACCAUCUACAAACUGCAGCUGAGCUGGGAGUGGACGCAUGGUCUUAUCUGUUCACCGAGGCCCUCCCCUGGGAUGCCAAGUAUGGGGUCUAUCACACCGGCGAAUAUGCUUUUGUGUUGAACCGCGUCCGUACUUGGGAAGGUAUGCCGCCUGGCCUUCUCGCUCUGGAAAAGCCGGUUCUCGAUUACUGGCUAUCGUUUGUCUAUUACUUGGACCCCAACGUGAACCGGGUUUAUGUGGAGCGACCUUUCUGGCCCAAGUAUGGCUCCAACGCAACGGUUAUCCAGUUUGCAUCAAACGUCACGAUUGGAACCGACGACUACAGGGCUGGUGGAAUCGACUUUAUUAUGAAUAGCCCAAGUCUUUACAGUUGA